GGGAGGGAAUAUAUAUAUAGAGAGAGAGAAUAUUACUCGUAGGAGUAUUUAUUUGUGAAUUUUGGGAAAAUAUUACUCGUAGGCGGUAAAUAAAUAAACAGAAGGACGAAAGAGUAAUCUCUAGUCGUUCUUAAUUUCUUCUAUAUAAAUUAAAGUUAGAUACAAGCUCUAAGGAAUAAGGAGCGCAAAAGUCUACAAGCAAAUUAAAUCCUACUUAAUUUCUCAUCUUCUAUCCUUGGAAAAUUGCUAAUGCAAGAAGUUUAAUUCUUUUCAAUACAAUGAGCUUAACAGAAGACAAUAACAUGUCUUCUUCUUCUGCUCCUCAGAUAACUGAAAUUGAAACAUAUCAACAUUAUUGGUCUUAUGAUGUUUUCUUGAGCUUUAGAGGUGAGGACACUCGUAAGAGCUUCGUCGAUCACCUCUACUCCACGCUGCACGAAAAAGGGAUACAUGCAUUUCGUGAUGACAUAGAGUUAAGGAGGGGAAAAUCCAUUUCCCCUGAACUCCUUAACGCUAUAGAGAAGUCUAGGUUUGCAGUUGUUGUUUUUUCGAAAAGUUAUGCAGAUUCAUCGUGGUGUUUAGAGGAGCUGACGAAGAUCGUUGAGUGCAACAAGCAGAGGGGACAAACGCUAAUUCCAGUGUUUUACAGCGUGGAUCCUUGUGUUGUGAGGAAACAGGAGGAGAGCUAUGAAGAAGCAUUUGUAAAACAUGAAGAGAAUUUGAAGGGAGAUCAAGAGACCAAUAAUAAGAUACAAAGAUGGAGGGAUGCUUUGAAGGAGGCAGCUAGCAUCUCUGGUUAUGACAUCCAACACAUGGAAGAUGGGCACGAAUCGAGGUGCAUCAGACAAAUUGCUGUGCAAAUUUUGAACAAGUUGGGACAUACACGACCGAAAAUUGCAGAGAGUCUAGUCGGAAUGGAGCCCCAAGUACAAAAUUUAAUAUCCCUGUUAAACACAAAUUCUUCUACUGAUGUUCGCAUAAUUGGGAUAUGGGGUAUGGGGGGUAUAGGUAAAUCAACUAUUGCACGAGCUGUUUUUGAUCAACUUCAUGACACGUUCGACGGUGGCUGCUUUCUUGACAAUGUUAGAGAGGCUGCAUCAAAAUUUGGACUGCAAGCUUUGGCAGAAAAAUUGCUCUCUGAGACGCUGAAAGAGACAAAAGACAAUCUUUACUCCAGCACCAAUUUGCUGAUGAACAGGCUGAGCUAUAAAAAAGUGAUCAUCGUUCUUGAUGACGUGGAUCAAGAUGAGCAGAUCGAGAACUUGCUGGCUGGAGGACACAAGGGGUUCGGGGCUGGUAGUAGAAUAAUCAUCACAACAAGAAACAAGCAAUUGUUAUCUGCUCAUGGAGUGGAUCAAGUUUAUGAAGUUAGCCUAUUAGGGACUAACGAGGCAUUAAUGCUCUUCAACAAAUUUGCCUUCAAGGAAACUAAACCUAUGGGUCCUUUCGAGGAACUAGCACUACGCGUUGUGAAAUGUGCUUGGGGUCUCCCCUUAGCUCUCAAAGUGUUGGGGUCAUUUCUUCACAAAAGAGAAAAGGAAGAAUGGGAGAGCGAGUUGAAGAGGCUGGAGGGAAUUCCUCAUGAUGAUGUGAUAGGGAAACUGAAAGUGAGCAUUGAUGCAUUGAGUGAUCUAGACAAGAAAAUACUGCUUGAUAUUGCUUGUUUCUUCAAGGGGAAACGUACAAAACCCGUGAUCAAGAAAUUCCACGCUUUCGGUUUCAAACCUGAAAUUGGAGUGCCAGUACUUGUUCAAAGAUCUCUGUUGUCCAUAUCUGAUGAUGACACAUUUCAGAUGCACGAUUUAGUUCAAGAAACCGCUUGGUACAUGGUUCGCCAUGGACAAACCAAAGAAAGAUACAGCAGGUUGUGGAAUCCUGAUGACAUAUGUGAUGUCAUGUCAAAGAAAUCAGGUACAGAAGCAAUUGAGGCAAUAAUAUUAGCUUACCCUCAAAGAGAAAAAUUGAACUUAGGAUCGCAAGCCUUAAAAGGUAUGGAAAAUCUACGUCUACUAAAAAUCCGCAAUGCCUACUUCAGUAAAGGUCCAAGUUAUCUUCCAAAUGAGUUACAAUGGCUCAACUGGCACAAGUUCCCCUCAGCCUCACUUCCAGAAGCAUUUGAAGGAGAUAAGCUUGUUGGACUUAAGCUAAGUCGCGGCCUGAUUUUGAAACUAUGGACAGAAGAUAAGUACCUUGAAAAUCUGAAGUAUUUGAACCUCAGCUACUCCGAUGGUCUAGCUAUCACUCCAGACUUCAGUAUGAUGCCAAACCUUGAAAAGUUGAACCUGAGCAACUGUAAGAAUUUGUUAGGAGUUCAUGAGUCGCUUGGAACUCUGACAAAGCUUCGAUACUUGAAUUUGUCUCACUGCUCAAAGCUAAAGAGUCUCCCAAAUACCAUUCACCUUGAAUCAUUGGAAAAAGUUCUCCUUUGGGACUGCUCUAAACUUGGAAAUUUCCCUCAAGUUAUCGGCUUAAUGCCUAAUCUUUCUGAACUCCAUUUGGAAGGGACUGCUAUUAAAGAGCUACCCGACUCCCUCAUAAACAUCGGUGGCCUUGUCUCCAUAAACCUCAGCAAUUGCAAAAUCCUGGAAAGUAUAACUUACAGCAUCUGUGGUUUGAGAUGUCUCAGGACUCUGAAUCUCUCUGGCUGUUCCAAACUUGAGACAUUGCCCGAAACUCUUGGCCAAUUGGAAACUCUGGAAGAAGUCCUUGUAGAUGGAACUGCCAUUACCAAACUACCAUCAACUAUCUCCAAAAUGGGAAAUUUGAAAAUCCUUUCUUUCAGUGGAUGUAAGAAUGUUAAGAAGAAGGAACCGUCAUUUGGGGUGUCGAGUUUAAGCAAGUUCGCUUCAAUGCCAAAUGUCAAGAAUCUGAUGAAGCGAUCAGAUGGAGAGAGAAAGAAGCCACAAGCAGCACGACCAUCGUUAUCUGGUUUGCGUUCCUUGAAGAAAUUAGAUCUUAGCGACUCUGAUUUGGUGGAUGAAAUUGCCUCAGAUGUUUGGCACUUGACCUCAUUGGAGGAGUUAAAUUUGAGCCGAAACAAUUUUGUUCAGUUUCCUUCAAGAAUAUCUGGACUCCCAGGAUUCAAAGUCCUGAAAUUGGAAGAGUGCAAGAGCCUUGAAGUACUGCCUGAUCUUCCAUUGAGUAUUGCAGCGAUAGAGGCGAACGAGUGCCCUGCCCUACACAGUCUUGGAAAUCUUUCAGCCCAACACGCAUUCUUAAGGAAGGUUUCAUUUUUCAAUUGUUUCAAAUUGCACCAACAAAGCCUGAAAACCGGCAUUUGUGCUGCAGACUUGUUAUUGGAGUUGCUACUUCAGGGGCACUCUAUCAUAUAUGGUCGGUUCAGUAUACUGAUUGCUGGGGGAAAGAUCCCCGAGUGGUUUGAUCAUCAGAAAAUUGGUGGUUCCAUCUCAGUCCAGCUACCUUCAGAUUGGCAAGAUAACAUAGUGGGUAUUUCAUUGUGUUUCCUUUUGGAGAGCUUUAUUCCAAACUCAAGACUAGGUGUUACUUUCAAGUUAAUAAGUCCAGACCACAGAGAAUACACAUUCGAAAGUGCACCUUCUGCUGCUUCAAGGAUGGGGGAGGUGUAUGAAACCGAUCAUCUGUGGAUAACUUAUAUCUCUUUCAAUCUUUUUCGGCUCCUCUUCCCCGAUUUCACAGCUGAAGACUGGACUAAAGUUUGUGGUUGUCUAGCAAUCAGAAUAAGACCGGAUCCAUGGACAAAAGUAAGGAGGUGCGGAAUUAAGGUUGUUUGCAAACAAGAUUUGAGCACGUUGGCAACUGAACGCUUGGGGAUUAAUCAACAUUCUGAGAGCAAAGAGUUAGUGGUGUAUGAAGGAGGAGAUACAGGAAGAAAUGCAGAAGGUGGAAUCAAAGAGGAUAUCGCUGCACUUAUGGCUGGUGUUACUGACCUGAAUUGGGAUGUUGAUCCCAUUGAGCAAGAUAACACUCAGCACAUGAACUUGAGGAAAUCACUUGCUUACAAAAUCCAAAAGACUCUUUCUUUUGAGUUCUAGCUAGCCAGCUUGUUUGGUUGAUGAUUCUGCUGCUGAUUGGCGACUUAUGCAGUUUGUUUGUGUGUGGUUAUUGCAAGAGCUUGAGUUUGCUGUUGAGAUUAAGAGAAGAAAUAAGUGUUGUUGGUUUUAUUUUGUUGAAUUGAUUGGCUUGUUUGUUGUGCCAUAAGAAAAAAAAAAAAGCAUGUUGUAAUAAGUUUCUUAUGCUUGGUUUGUCUCCAGAUCGUCUACUUUGUAUGGAUUUGUAUUUAGCUAAAUGUAUUGUGUCUUUAAUAAAUGGAAGUGUGUUUGUAUAUUA